GCCCGCUCCCUGUCCCCGCCCCCGGCGCGGCUCCGCCCGCCGCCCGCGGGCGCUGCGGGAUGGGCGGCGGGAGCGGGGAGCCGUGGCCCGGCUGACGGCGCGUCGGGGCGGCCCCUCCCGGGGCAGAGCUGGUCGAGGGGAAUGUCUUACUGGCUCCACUCAGAAAGCCAUUUGGAUACUGGGCCGAUCUAUGUGCGUGAAAAUGGGAAGCUGCAUGUGGUAAAUCAGGGUGCAGGCGGCAUACAGCAUGUCACUUCCAAAACAAGACCUUUUAGGCUGUUUUCCAGAGGAUUUUCAGUGGAGCUGUGUAUGAACAGGGAGGAUGAUAGGGCACGGAGGCAGAGGACUGAUCAUUUCAUCUUCACGUACACUAAGGAGGGGAACCUCCGCUACUCGGCCAAGUCUCUCUUCAGCCUGGUGCUGGGUUACAUUUCUGACAAUGUUGAUCACAUUGACUCCUUGAUUGGUUUCCCAGAGCAGAUUGCUGAAAAGCUCUUUUCAGCCGCGGAAGCAAGACAGAAGUUCACAGAACCAGUAACGGGACUGAGAGCUCUGCAGAAGUUUACUGAAGCGUAUGGCAGUUUGGUGCUGUGUUCAUUAUGCCUGAGGAACAGAUACCUGGUUAUCUCUGAAAAGCUAGAAGAAAUUAAGUCUUUCCGUGAGCUGACAUGUUUGGAUCUCUCCUGUUGUAAACUUGGAGAUGAACACGAGCUGCUGGAACAUCUCACCAAAGAGGCUCUGUCUAGUGUAAAACAGCUUCUCCUGAAAGACAACUCUUUAUCAGAUGCAGGCCUUCGCAGGAUGACAGCACCAGUCCGAGUGUUGAAAAAGGGACUUGAGAACCUUUUGGUAUUAGACUUGUCUUGUAACCCUAAAAUCACAGAUGUGGGAAUUGGAUACCUUCUUUCUUUCAAGAAAUUGAAUUGUUUGGACAUUUCUGGGACAGGUCUCAAGGAUGUUAAGGCUGUCAUUAAGCGGCUCCAAAUGCAGAUAGGCCUGGUCCACUCAGAAGUGCCUCUGAAAGAAUUUGAUCAUAGCAACUGCAAAACAGAGGGAUGGGCAGAACAGACUGUGUUGCAGUGGGAGCAGGCAGCUAUGGAGGCCAUCAAACCACAAGACGACUUGAGAUCCAGAGCAGCAGCUCUGCGCUUCUAUGGCAAGACACACAGAAUAGAGGAAGUAGUCAAAUGCAAACUGGUGGAGGCAGAAACAAAAGCAUCUGGAAACUUGCAGUUUUAUAAGGAAAAAGUUCCAAAUUGCCAUUUACCUUUGAAAAAGGAGGCUGUGGGCAGCCGCGAAUUAAAGAGCAACAAAAAAAGAGCUUUGGCUGAACAAGAGAGAGAAAGGACUUCCAAACAGAAGCAUCUGUGCCUCACUGUGGAGGACUGGGAUUUGUUAAAUACCUACUGAGUCAGAAAGAAGUGGGUCUUUUGUUUGUUGUUUUCUUGCUGAUGACAGAAUUUAGGCACAUUGAGAGGGGGAAACAAAGGAGACUGGUAUUGUUAACUCUGGCUGCUGUGAUGGGCUUGUGGGUUAACCUAUGCUUGGGGAGGGGUAGAGUCAAGGAGAAGGUUGACGAUACUACUGUAUAUUUUCAAUACAUAAUAAUUUUUUCAAAUAAAGCUUUUUGUUGUCAUCCUUAA